ACGUAAAAUAUUAUCGUGUGUAUUUUGGCAUAUGGUGGUUUUUAAAUGUGGGUCUAAGGGAGAUAACUAGUGUUUGUUAAUCAGCGCGAUGGAAGGGAAAUCGCAGCAAAGUUACGAUCUGUCCAGCGAUGCUGGUUCUCAAAACGUCACGUUUUAUUACUUCCCUACCUCAUAUUCAUCUCAGAAGGUUCUGUUGGCCCUGUUUGAGAAGAAAGUGAAGUUCCGUCCGAAGCUGGUCAGCCUGUUCCACGCUCAGCACAUGGAGCCGUGGUACGUGAAGCUGAACCCCGAGGGUGUUCACGUCCCUGUGCUGCGCGACAACGACAUAGUCAUCAACAACCCUGAUGACAUCAUCAGCUACAUCGACACAAACUCAGACUCAGGUCCCACCCUAGUGCCCUGUCCAGACACGGCCCUUGGUCAGUCCGUGGCAUCACUGCGAGAGCAGCUGAACCUUGUUCCAGUGGACAUCAUCACAUACGGGAUCAUCUUCCACCCGCAUCUGUCUCCCACUGGCUGUGGUAUUCCGUCAGCCAUUCAGAGAAGUAUGAGAGAAAAUUUUGCAAACCGCCUGUGUUACUUGGCUAACAAGGCGACCAAAUAUCCGAAUCUUCGUGAUGGAUAUCUCGCCAGGAGUCAGAUCGCAGCACAGAAAUACGACAUCAUAACUGACGAGGAGAAGGUCAAAGGUCAACUUUAUCACCUAGAUACAGUAUUUGAAGAUGUCGAAUCAGUUUUGAAAAAUACCAAAGAGAGACAUAACAUUGAUGUGGAGACGUUCCUGUUUGGCACAGAGUUCACGGCCGCCGACAUCACUCUGUCCAUUCUUCUCCACCGGCUCGCUCUGCUGGGGCUCGAGUCUCGCUUCUUCGCGCCAAACAAGUCUCCAAACAUACAGAGGUACUAUGAGCGGAUCCAGAGGCGGAGAACGUUUCAGCGUAUCCAGGAGGAGGUGGAUGAGUUGCGGUGGACGCUGGUGUGGGAGGACGUGAAGGCCGCAUCACCGUACAUGGCUAGUGCUGCGGGGAUCGGGCUGACGCUGCUGAUCACAUAUUACCUCGUGAAGAGUCUGAUCAGACGAUAGCAGACCACCAACACAUCUCAGUGUGAAGAUGUCGUUCUUUCUUCGAGUGUAUUCUAGUCUCAUGUAGGGAACUAACCACAGCUGUGCAGGCUCCUGGUUUUGUAGGGGGGCUGAAUUUUUGCCCGAAUUAAACAAACACUGGCGUAGGAACCAGGUGGGGGGGGGGGGGGCAAGCCCACUGUUCAGAUAUUUUGCUUUAUAUUUGCUUUAUAAUAGUAUAAAAGGGUGUAAAU